AUGAAGCAGCCCGGGUUGUGGUUUCUUCGAGUUUGGGUCGGGAGACCGUGGCUGAUGGGUUGCAGGAGUGUGGGGAGAAAAAAACUGACAACGUGGUGUAUCUGGGUUGAUGGACAGAGACAAGAGCGGAUUGGGGGUGGCACAGAUGUGGUCGUCACACGGAAACCUCCAGGCCCCCGAGGCCUCUGGGGUCCUGGGGUGGGCGUGGAGGACAGCCAGGGUUCACUUCCUCGCCUGCGUUCUCCCAGCUCCCGCCCUCCUGGACGCCUCCACUCCGGAAGGGGGGGGUGUCGGAAGGGGGGGUGUCGGGCCGCGGCCCCUUUAACCAUAGGCCCCGCCUCCACCCCUCCCCCACCCAGUCUGCACUCAGCUCCAGCCCCUGCCGCCAUCAUGAUCUGUUUGGUGCUGACCAUCUUCGCUAACCUCUUCUCAGGGGCCUACUCCGGGGUGCAUGAGCGCACCUUCCUGGCCGUGAAGCCCGAUGGCGUGCAGCGGAGGCUCGUAGGGGAGAUCGUUCGGCGAUUCGAAAGGAAGGGCUUCAAGCUGGUGGCUCUGAAACUGGUGCAGGUGAAGUUAGGGGUGAGAGUUUGCAGGAGGGUGCAGGGCGGGCUGUUGGGCGCGGGAGAGGGCGGUGCCUCGGAGCCGGACCCCCUCCCUCCUCAGGCCUCGGAGGAGCUGCUGCGAGAGCACUACGCCGAGCUGCGCGAGCGCCCCUUCUACGACCGACUGGUCAAGUACAUGGGCUCGGGGCCGGUAGUAGCCAUGGUGUGGCAGGGGCUGGACGUUGUGAGCACCUCGCGGACGCUAAUCGGGGCCACAGAUCCAGCGAACGCCCUCCCCGGCACUGUCCGCGGGGAUUUCUGUAUCGAGGUCGGCAAGAACGUGAUUCAUGGCAGCGACUCCGUGGAGAGCGCCCGCCGUGAGAUCGCACUGUGGUUCCACCCUAACGAGCUCUUCUGCUGGGAGGACAGCGCCGAGCACUGGCUGUAUGAGUAAUGGGGCAGCGGGGCCAGUCCUCCUUAAGCGGCAGAGGACCCAACCCCAGGAGCCCAGGGCCUCUUGAGAUAAAUGUGCUGCUAUAGGUUGGGGUUCACAGUGCUCCUCUAGGAUCUCCAACAGGGAAGGUGGGUCUGCCCAAGCCUGGCAUGCCGCAGUUUACAGGAUGCCUGGAAAUGCACCAGGGUGGGGAACCCUGGCACUCAGCUUGGUCCACUGUUUCUUUUUAUAAUAAACUGAAGAAAAUCUGGA